CACUGUAAUGCCAGUGAACACGGGAUUGCUCUGGGAGUCUAAAACUUGAAGCUUUUGAUUGAAACAAGAAUUUCAAACACAUGCUGUGCAAAUACGUUUAAUACUAUAAUCCACGUGCUAUUCUACUAAAGGUGACAAAAAAGUAAACAGGUUUUCAGGGUUUCUUGGAUUAUUUCUGACAGAGUGACUUAUCUGAAGAUGUUGAAAGCAGUCGUACUAAUCGGGGGUCCUCAGAAAGGAACUCGCUUCCGCCCCCUGUCGUUCGAGGUGGCCAAGCCGCUGUUCCCCGUGGCUGGGGUACCAAUGCUGCAGCAUCUCGUAGAAGCCUGCGCCAAGGUUCCAGAUAUAAAGGAAGUCCUCCUGAUUGGCUUUUACCAGCCGAACGAGGAGCUUAGUCGCUUUUUAGCUUCUGCCCAGCAAGAAUUUAAAAUCUCCUUAAGGUACCUGCAGGAGUUUGCUUCUCUUGGCACUGGCGGCGGGAUUUAUCACUUCCGAGACCAGAUUUUGUCCGGGGGGCCAUGUGCGUUCUUCCUGAUGAACGCUGACGUCUGCUCUGCAUUCCCCCUGGCAGACAUCCUCCGCUUCCACCGUCGCCAUGGAGACUCCCACUGUGGAAUCAUUCUGGGGACCACGGCUAACAGGAAACAGUCACUGAAUUAUGGCUGCAUUGUGGAAAAUCCAGAAACAAAUGAGGUCCUUCAUUUUGUUGAAAAACCCAGCACUUUUGUUAGUGAGAUUAUCAACUGUGGAAUUUACCUGUUCACACCUGAGAUUUUUGGGCACCUUGGGACAGUGUUUCAGAGGAACCAGGAGGAAAGGCUCCAGGAGGGUCCUCUGUGCACAAGGCAGAUGGCUGAGGUGAUCCACCUGGAGCGGGACAUCUUUACCAUGCUGGCGGCACACAAACAACUUUACGUUUACAAGACACAGCACUUCUGGAGCCAGAUCAAAUCUGCAGGGUCAGCAAUAUAUGGCAGUCGUUUGUACUUGAAGCAGUAUCAUGAGACUCACCCAGAGAGACUGGCCACAAACCAGGAAGGGGCACCAAAGAUAAUAGGGGAUGUUUACAUCCAUCAGACAGCUAACGUUGACCCCACAGCUGUGUUAGGUCCCAACGUCUCAAUAGGGAAAGGGGUCUUGAUCGGUGCAGGGGUUCGAGUGAGGGAAUCCAUUGUCCUCCAUGGGGCCGUGCUACAGGACCACUGCUGUGUGCUGAACAGCAUCGUCGGGUGGGGCAGUGUAAUAGGAAAGUGGGCAAGAGUGGAGGGUAGCCCAAGUGACCCCAACCCCAACGACCCCUAUGCUAAAAUCGACAGUGAGACUCUGUUCAGGGAUGGGAGUUUGACCCCCUCUAUUACCAUCCUGGGUUGCAAUGUGAACAUUCCAUCAGAGGUCAUUAUUCGAAACUCAAUUGUACUCCCUCACAAAGAUCUUAAUAGGAGCUUCAAAAACCAGAUCAUCCUCUAGAGGGCGCCAUCUCCUUCUUCUCCUUCUUGGAAAAGGCAUGGAAUGAUCCACAAUAAUGUGAAUAAGGAAUCUACUAAUUUGACAUAAUAUUGUUUAGCAGACAUUUGGUGUGUUUCUGUUGCUUGUUUGGUGUCUUGUGUUUACCCUUGUAUAUGUCCCUCUUUUUAUAAGUUUUUGAGAAACUUUAUAACAAUAUUUUUUUUCAAUCACUACUUUUAUGUUUUCGAAUGUGACGAACAUUUUCAUUUAAAAAUUUUAAAAUAAUUUUUUCAAGUUAACCUAAAUUUAAUGUUAGUUUUAUACUACACAAACUUUAGUCUCCUAAUCCAGUGAUUGCAUCAGGGUCCUGGACUCCUGUAAUGAUUUUGCACAUCACUGAUGUUGGUUUUUGUAUUAUUCACUUAAUAGUGAAGAAGUGAGUUUUUAGGAGCCAGAACAUGGCUUCACAUUCACAUUGACCUGCUUUUUGAUGUCCUAAUAUUCAUCAAUGUCUCGUGUUGGGUUUCGCCUAUAUGAGGUUGUUCGCCUAUGAGGUUUACAUGCAUCAAGUUCUGCCACAGUGUGAAGAUGGGAGACGCAGAUGAGUGAGAGUAUUGUAAAGAAAGAGUCGGGCGUAUAGUACCAGCCAGUGACACUGCUAGGACUGUGCUUACCAGCUUUUCUGCAUGAGAACAUGGGCCAGAGGAGGAUGGCCUCCCCCCCUUUGAGUUUUGGUUCCUCUCAAGGUUUCUUCCUCGUGCUCUAGGAAGU